ACACAUUCUUGGAUGUGUUCGUCCCACAAGUAGACUCACAGAGCCCAAGUUACUUGAAGUUUUCCUACUGCCACAUUUCGUCUUUAAAGACACAUUUUGAAUGCACAUCACCACAAUCAGGGCAUGUUUGCUUAUCCGAACCAUACUGUGGAAAUUUGCAGUGAAAUGUGUGUGACGGUUUCCAUGACUACCAAGGUAUUCCGAGGCUCUUCCUCCGCCCAAGAAGAGACGCUUUGACGUAAAUAGCUCACGGAAACUAAAAAUAGCACAAUCGAUACAGUGGGGGCUGGAACCGGCAUAGCAAAGCACGCGGAGUCACAAUCAUGUCACCCCUGGGAUACGAAGCGCGAGGGGUUGUCCAAGAAGGGAGGGAGCCCAUGAGGGGGUGAGGAUUUCGGGUCCAAGGAGAGCUUUUGAAUUGAAAUCUUCCAUGUGUUCCCCAUGUGGAUGCUGAGGUGACUGGUGGAUUGAAAUAUACAAGUUGGGAACACUUGGAGCGGCUACCGUGGCGGCGUGAGAGGAAAUGCCCAACUUGGUAUGAUCAUGCUGCUUGGCGACAUUGAUAUCGGAUUCAACACAUUUCCAUGUUGCGUUUGAAGACUAUCUAAAAUGACAACAUCGAUUUAGCAUCGCGACAUCAUGGAAUAAAGACACUGAGGUGAAGGUGGUUCCCAUGUGACCGGCUCACCAUCCCCACUACAGUAGUAUGGACACCAUAGACAAGAUGGAGAAGUCCCCUCGUAGCAGUACAUCCGACAACCUCCAACAACUCAGUCUCAAGGAACAUUACGAGAUUCUCCGAGAGUUGGGUCGUGGCACGUACGGAAAGGUUGUCCUGGCUAAGUGUCGUGAAACUGACACCAAAGUAUCCCUGAAAAUUCUUCCAAAGUGUAGCACAAAGUUGCGUGAUUUUCAGAGAGAAUUCCACUUCAGCUACUUCCUCUCCCCCCACAGCAACAUCGUCGACACGUACAAUGUUGCAUUUGAAACAAGAACGUCAUACGUUUUCGCGCAGGAAUACGCCCCUCUUGGCGACCUGUUUGAUGCUAUACCUCCGCAAAUUGGGAUGGACGAAGGUGCCUCGAAAUGUAUCAUAAAACAAGUUGCUUCUGCCUUGGACUUCAUGCACAGCAAACAGCUCGUCCAUCGAGACAUUAAACCCGAGAAUGUUCUCCUCUUUAACCAAGACUUCAGUAAGGUGAAACUAAUGGACUUUGGGAUGACGAGGAAAGAUGGCACGGUCAUACGUAAGACAAACGGUAGCAUCCCCUACACGCCACCUGAAAUAUGCGAAGCCGUUCGAAACGAAAGCAUCAAGGUAAGCAGCAGUGGAGAUGUUUGGGCCUUCGGUGUUCUGUUAUUCUGCAUGUUGACUGGUAACUUUCCAUGGGAAAAUGCUGAUAUUGGAGAUAUGUACUUCAACGAGUUCGUCUUAUGGCAGAGGCGAAAAACUACAAAAAUUCCAUCCCAAUGGAGGCGAUUUACUCCCCGUCUUCUGAGAUUCUUCCGCAAAAUAUUGGACAUUAAGCCCGAGCGUCGGUGCUCGGUGAAGGAGAUCUUUAAAUAUGUGAGUGACGAGUGGCUGGUCCCAGCUCGGACAGGUCCGAGUAGCGAGGACGAAGGGGAGUGUAGUUCCGAUACGGACCAUAUGGAGGAACUCAGCCAUCUUCUCCAGGACCAUGGUAUUGAAACAAAAGUGGAUAAAAGACUUCGAGAGAGAAGAAUUUCCGAAUGGCUACUAGCAUUAUGACUAGAUCGAGGAACCUUCUCACCACGAACCAUACUGUGCAAUGUGACGUCAGCAACGUUUUAUAUCCUGAGAAAUGUGUUCAUCCCGCUGCUUUUGUUGCUAGGUGGAGCGGUGUUCAUUGCCAUCAUCAUAGUGUAUUGUGAUACUGUGACUUCUAUUGUCUGGGUGUAGAUUUUACAACAGAGCGAAGUCCACUAUACCGAUAAUUCUGUUCUUCCUAUUGAAGGUUUGGGAACAAGUAUUCAUCAUUCGUAUGUCAACCAUUCAACCAUUCAGCCAUGUUGUGAUGAUUACCGUUAUGUUUCCAUGACAUCAUUGUAACAGUUAAUGAAACAACUGAAUGCUUAUUUUACUGAGCGUUAGCUUAAGAUUAAGAUCGCUGAUCAGUAAAUAUGAACAAAUCUCCACCCAAGCGAAAAUCGCAAUUUAGUCCUUCACAAUCACGUUUUCGAUAUGAAAUUUUCGAUAUUUUACAACUUUAUUAUGUCGAUCAUCUUCCAAAAGAACUCGGUGCCUCGAAGGAUCACAAUGACCUCAAAUGAAUUUUUUUCAACAAGUCGUCCAAAUCUUGCUGCCAUUUUUAAAACCAUGUUUUUUACUAACGAUAGUAAGUAAGUUUUACUAGUCGAUGUUAUGUACAUACAGUUGAACUGGAAAGUUUGGUACCGUGUUGCAUAUAGUUCAAAGGAUCCUGUAGACUUGCCUUAGUCCCUGUAGCACUUAUUGUAAUAUAGUGCCAAGCCAAAGUCCCUGGUAUAAGAGCAAUAAAUAUCUUUGAUGCAAUCUGGACAACUUACAUUUGCAUUUAUGCGAUAUGCAACGCCAAUCGUUGAGUAUACAUACUCGUGUCCUUAUGUUAAUUCAAUAUGUGCAAUAAAUGUAUUGUCUGUAUGAGCGAGUGUGGAGGUGUAUCGUGUGACGCAAUGUAAAAUAUUAUGAAUUCGUA